ACUGGUGAUUAUAUCGCAUUUCUCUUAGGCUGUUGGGAAAGAUUGCUGAUCUAGCGAGCCAUGAACACUUUGGGCUUACAAACGGGAAGAUCUCUGAUUUCUGUUCUUCUUUCAUAUUUUACUUUGAAGAAAACUUUCGAUGAGGGGUGUGGCCCACAGUCCACCCCUUCCUCAGUGGGAGCUUCCCCGUAUUCUGUAUCCGGAAGCCUACCAAUUUAAAUGACCGCAUUGUAUCUCAUUGCUGUCCAAUCUCGAGCCUGGAGAGCUGUAUGUUGACUUUGAAAACUGAUUAUUGGGGAAAAUAAUGAUAAAAAGCACACCAAGAUGGACUAUUGAUAUAUAUAAUCUAUUUGGGUUAAACAUAUUUUAGUACUUUUUUCAUGAAAUAUUUUUCGUACAGCGUUUGCAUUACACCAGUUGGCCAGAACGUUCGGUCUUCGAGUCAUUACAGUAACGCAGUCCGUGCGCUGUGGUCAUUGGGAGAUUUAUGCGCGCUCUCUAAACACAAGCUGACUAGCGUAGAUCUGAACCAUACCAUUGGAGGUAUCCGUUUUGGAUGAAUGCGCUGUUCUUAGGAACUGGACAAGCAAUUCUGAUGGAAAUAAACGCAAGAAACCAGAUUCCACAACUAUACUGUGGCUGUAAACUGGCUGCCUGCACUCGCGUCAGAUGAGAGGACUUGGGGAGCGUUUGAGGACAAGCACAAAAUGCCAUUUUUUAAAAGGAUAAUUGUCCCUAAAGAUGUCUGUAAAGCUGACACGAAGAGGCAGCGAGUUAUCUUCUCGGAUCUGGUGGAUGUGUGUGAAUUUGCUCUGUGCUCCGUUCUCCGACAGCUUUCGGAUUUAUCCAGGCAGUCUGUCAGUAUCCUGGAGGAGCUGGAAGGGGAACUUGCAUCGGUGUGUCUUCGGUCCAGAACGUUGGAGAGCAAAGUUGUCAGUCUGCAAAAACACCUUUCGGUUCUGGUCACCAAGCGGCCACCACUGACUACCACCAACUUGGACUCUGAGAGCAAGAGAACGGGCCACUUUCGAUCGUCAUGGCAACAGCAUGUGAACGUGUUGGGCUCGUGGAGUAGGCCGGAGUGUGUGCAGGAGCUGCAUUGGGAAGCACAGCUCAAUCUGCAGAGACUGCUACAAGAGUUUGGCGAGCAGCUUAACGACGACACAGAGGCGCAGCGUCCGCGCUCCCAAAGCUCAGAGGGAACCCCGCAAAGUCGGGAUCGCACCGCCACCUUCCCCGAGGAAGGGCCAGACCCCGGCUGCCUGGUAAUAUCUGAGCAGGGGUGUGUGGAUCAGACUGCGUCGGUAGGGGUUUUGGGUCACGACUCGUCCGGCAGCUGUGCUGAACACCCCCGGGUGGGCCCCCCCAUCCCGGAGAAACCUCGCUGGCUCCUCAGACCCUUCACCCGAGCCCACCUGGUGUUCACAGACGCCACAGGUGAGGGUGUCCAGAUUAAGGGUGCCUCUCACCCCAGGUUUUUAGCGCUGUCUCCAGAGCCUGCCGGGGGGUGUUUGCCACUGCGGAAGACGUACAGCGAUCUGGCCCACGGCGAGCCGCAGUCCUCCAGCGGCAGCUCGGAGAUGAUGGAGAACAUGGCGCUGAUGUGCUCCUCCUGGAACGGGCCCCGGGGCUCCACCUUCUGCCCCAACUGGGACAACUCCUUCAGCCCCUACCUGCUGAACCCAGACCCCAUCACCAUGGCCAUCCCGCAGGUCAGAGCGGAGGGGCGGGCCCCGCGGUCCGACGGGGGCCACUACCGCGAGCGCUCCUUCUCCAUCCCCGCCGACUCCGGCUCCUUCUCCCCGGGGCGCCGCGUCAGUGGGGGGGCGCCGGAGGGGGAGGACCAGGCCCUGUCGUACCCCAGCAGCGGCUCUGAGCACGGCAGCAGCCCGGUCAGCACGGCCACCAGGGCGGCGACACCGAUGGCGCCGGCCGGGCCGGGGCGGGAGUGCUCCCGCAGCAUCUCGCUGAGGAAGCUGAAGAAGAAGCCCCUCCCCCCGGUGCGCAGCGUGUCUCUGGGCAAGACCGGGGGGGGCGAGACGGCGCAAGCCAAAGGCCACACGCGCCCCAGGAGCCUGUGUCUCCCCAGGGACCUGUGCAGCUCCGUCCCACCGGACGUUAUCCUCAGCUCUAGGCCACGCCCCAGCCUGCCAGACACGCCCCUUUCCAGGGUGGGGACCGCUGCAGCCAGUAGGACUGAAUCUUCCUUUCCCAGCCAAUCGAAAUACAGCAGUCAUCACAGGUCCUCAUCCAGCUCCAGCACAGUGGAGGUCCCGGCAACUGGGGAGAUGGCAAACACGGACGGCAGCUCUGAAUCUCUGCCCUCCCCCGUACCCUCCUCCUCCCAAAACAGCCCCUCCCAGCUCUCGCCCGAGUUCACAGUUUCCCCCGUCAAACCCCUUCGGCUGAUGUCCCCGUCCAGCGGCUACUCCAGCCUGUCGGACACGCCCACCCCCACCGUGCCCACCUCCGCCAUCCUGGGCCCCUCCCCUCUGGGCUGCAGGCUGCGGCCCAAGGUCCCGGAGAGGAAGUCGUCCCUGACGCCGGCGUCGGCGCGAGAGAGGGCCGCCCGCGUGAGGCUGUCCUGCGAGGUGCCCGCCACCUCGCGCCCGGACCCGCCCUCCGGCCGCCCCAAGUCUGCGGGCGCCCGCCGCCACUCCGACUCCUCCGCCGCCGCCACCAUGCUGCUGCCGCAGAAGCUGAGCCCCGGCCUGGUGGCGUUGCCCCUGGUGACCGAGACCGACCUGCGGAGCGUGCGCCUGCGCUCUGUCGGCCUCCCCGAACCCGAGGCCGGCAUGGAGGGCGGCUCCCAGGUCAUCCCGGAGGAGCAGGACCAGGACCGAGUCCACAGCCCCGUCAGAACCCCAAACCCCAAGCCCAAGCCUCCAAUCGCAGCGAAGCCCGCCCUGCCCAAACGACCCCUCAGCCUGGUGCUGAACCCCGCCCCCUUGUCGGAGUCCCCACCUACCUCGCCCAAAGACCAGCCCCGCCCUCAGCCCAAACGGCCCCUGAGCCUGAUGCUGAACCCCGCCCCCUCCUCUGAACCCCCGGCCGCAUCUCCCGCCACAGCCGCGGACCGUGGGCUGCCCCUGGGUAACAUAUACAAAGUGCUGAGGAAGCGGAAGUCCAAAAAGGGUCCAGCCCCUUCCCCGCCCAGCCCUGGGGGGGCCCAAGAGUGCGCCCAGCAGCCGCAAUCACCCGACCCCCAGCAGAAAGCAGAGCGUCCCUCCUCCCCCGGCAACCCAGAGACACGUGGCAAAAGCAGGACGCUGCCCAGCCGGAUUACCAUUUCCUGUCUGGCUGAGCUGGACAGGAAGCAGAACAAGGUGCCCCCACCCGUGCCCAGGAAGCCCAGUAUCCUCCUCCUGCCCGUCAACGGCGUCCGCGGCGGCGGCGUCAGCGCGGAGCGACCGGCCAAAGCCCACGGCGCGCUGACCCAGCAGGACCCAGCCCAGGCGGAGAGGGUCCCGGCCGGGGACCGGCCGCAGGUGAAAGCGCCUCUGACUUGCGCCGAGGCAGGAAUAGAACUUUCACAGGAUGGUCCAGAGGAGGACUAUGAUGACGUGUUUGUGAGCAAUUCCGCAUUACACAGCACAGAAGACCUCUUCACCAUAAUUCACAGGUCGAAACGGAAGGUUCUGGGCCGCAAAGAGCCAUUGGACCUGUUCGGCAGCCGGCAGAGCCUGGCGUCGCCGGGGAAGGCGGAGGCGACGGGCGUGGCGCCCAGAUCCAGCGCCCGCAACGACACCUUCAUGGCCAUGCUGCAGAAGAGGAACGGGCGGAACGGGCCGACGGGCCGACCGUCCGCCGCCGAGAUGCUACAGAGCACCAACCCACUGGCCCGUCGGGCCCCCGACGGCCCGCCACCCUACCCGGAGCCGGCGAGCUGCCACAGACCGCCCCAGCAGCAUUGACCCCCCCAUGACCCCACCGGGCCUCUCCUUCCCCCGCGCUCUGUGUGGCCGUGCUUGAUGGUGGUGCUGUGGCCGUCAGCUUCAAUGUUCUCAUGAGGUUUUUUUAAUGUAAAGAUCCUCUGUCUCAACGAGUGUAUGUUUUCAAAUUGUUUUUACUUUCUUUAAAAAAAAAAAGCCUCUUGAACGUGCUUUUCCUAGCUCUCUGAGUGAGUUGGCUCAGGGUGAGGGGGCAGAACUAACUGGGUCUGUGGUCAGCUUAAAGGGAGGGGGGUCAGCAUCAGCUCAAAUCAGAGAUCGGAACACAGGGUUCCUGAAUCAGAGCAAUGGGCUCCUGAAUCAGAACAGCGGGCUCCUGAAUCAGAGCACUGGCCUCCUGAAUCAGAACAGUGGCCUCCUGAAUCAGAACAGCAGGCUCCUGAAUCAGAACAGCGGGCUCCUGAAUCAGAACACAGGGCUGCUGAAUCAGAACAGUGGGCUCCUGAAUCAGAACAGCAGGCUCCUGAAUCAGAACAGCGGGCUCCUGAAUCAGAACACAGGGCUGCUGAAUCAGAACACAGGGCUCCUGAAUCAGAACAGUGGGCUCCUGAGUCAGAACACAGUGUAGGUGAAUUGGAACACAGCUCCUAAAUUGGAAUUCACAGCAAGCACUGAUACUGGAACUCUGACCUGGGUACAGGUGACACACAUUUCAUACAGGGAUACACUGAAGGGAGAUGAAAGCUUUUUUUCAGAUGUUCAAAAGAUCCAGAUCCUGACCAGGAUUUGACUGAAUUUCCCCCACCGCAGUUAUUAAUCAAUAACUUCAUAAAUAAUAAAGGGCAGCUAUAAUUGAAGGAAAACCUUGAAUGGCACUGAUAGGGGAGUGCAGAUGGAUAACUCACAGAGCAGCCCUGCUGUGAUGCAGUGGAGCUCUACACUGUCAUUGGCUGAAUUGACUCAGAAGGAUGUCCCUGACUCUUCUGCUGAAACUCUGCAGGAAGGGGAGGGGCUAUGGUUGGUCUUCACGUGACAGUGAUGCCCUGACAGUCAUGUGACAGCGUUGCCCUGAUGGAAUGUAGUUGUGAUUGUAAUUUGUUCUUAGAUGCUCAGGUGUUUGUUUUUUUUACUCUCAGGUGACCAUAAAAGUUUUAGUGUGUGGACCGAUUCUCUCAGGAUGGUAUCGAGCUGAUCAAUAAAGGACCAGCUUUAUUUCCAGGGGCAGUCGGGUGCUCUGUCCAGUGAAAGCCCUCGUUCUCGAUGCGACGGCCCCCGUAGUCUGAAAUUUAGCGCGUGAUUUAGUGGCCGCCGGUUUACACUGGGCAUUCCUGUCACCCACGCGGGGAAGGUUUCGGUCAGCUCCAGUCAAUACCUACCGGCCCUGUCAGUGGGCUCCGUGCCCACUGUGGGUGAAGGAUGCCCCCCUAAUACAAAGACUCCAGCACUCUGAGCCAAAAGGGGGAGUUUGUGCUCUCUCCAGUUGAUGUCAAUCAAAUGAAUAUUGCCAAGCUGGAACUGUACUACAAAUAUAUUUGGAAAUCCAAAUUGCAAGAAAAAACUAAAAUAAGGGUUGUAAAUGAUUUUUUUAAUAUAAUUAUUUUUUAUUCAUCUAGUACCUUUCUCAAACCCAUGGUCACAAAGCACAACAGAGACACUCUGAGUGAACAGAUAGUCACCCCUCUGUUUUGAACUUUGAUGAAGAGUUAUAUUGCCAUCUCUCUUCGGAUGUUCAUGAAAGUGGCCAUAGACCAAGACUUCAGUGAGACCUCCCGCUAUCCAACGCUACUUCAUAGACACAGCAGUAUGGAGGACAGCAAGACUACAGAGCAGAAUAUCUGCUUAGUACUGUAAAUAGAAUAUCUUUGACAGGAACCUAAGACCUGGGCAUGUCCUUCAGCAAGUGGGAAGUAUGUUCAGGGGUAUGGAACCCCCUGACCCGGUGUGUGAAAGGGACUCUGUACUCUUCUGCCCUCAGUUCCGAAAUCAAAUGCCCCGGUGCUGCAGAGUCUGCCUCUGCCCACGGACUCUCCCUCCAGAGGCGUGUUCAACACACGCGUACAACACACGUGUGCAACACGCGUGUACUCUCUCUCUCCAGAGGCGUGUUCAACACACGCGUACAACACACGUGUGCAACACGCGUGUACUCUCUCUCUCCAGAGGACUGCUCUCCAGCCUCCAUUCUGGAACUUAUAAUAUCCUAAUAUGAAGUUUUUUUUUUUUUACAAGUAGCCCAACAGCUCAUAUUCAUAUAUUCAGAAUUAGAAGCUGAGUCAAAGUAUAGUACGUGAAGCAGUGUGUGGCUUUUGCUCAAAAUAUUUAGCAAAUUAAACUAAAAGCAGUGUUUGUUUGCCUUGUAACUCUGGUUUAUAAUGCCUGAAUAUUCUACUUCCUUAGGAGUUGUUGGUGGGUGUUUUACUGUUAAUAUUGAUUUUAUACUGUUCAGACCAUAUCUGCUCUCCUGUUAACCAUGGCCUUUUCUGAGGCCCCUGCAGAGAUGUUUGUGUAGGUACAGCUUUAUGGAUGGAACAGACACAGGGAGGAGCAGCCCCAUUAUACCCAGUAUCUAGGGUCUGUUUCCUGGGUUCAGGCUAUUCUUGUUGAAGGAAACAUGUUGGCAUUUUGUUCAAAAGCCUUUAAUAUACUGGCAAACGUUUGGGAGAAGUUGAGAAGAUAGCAAGACUACACAUUCGUAUCUUGUUAUUGUUAAUUGUUAAUGAUAAAGUUAAUGAUAAACAGUAGUCUGUUUUAGAGGGUACAGCUUACAGGAGUCUGUUUUAGAGGGUGUACGUCACAGUCAAGGACCACUGGCAUCUGUUUUAGAGGGUGCCACGUGCAAGAAGACUAAAAAAAAUCGUAAAUGGGGAAAUACAACCAGAGAUGAGUUUACACAGAAUGUUAAAGUUAAGCAGACAGGCCAGAGAAUUCAGAGCUCAAAGCCCAACACAGCUCACAACCUAUAAGGAGCUAUUGUAUGUCUUGCCGAUGUAAUGAAAUUAUAUCGUUAAAAUAAAUUAUUUUUCCUGCUUAA